AUGGACAUAAUAAAAAACAAGUAUCCAUUUUGGAAGAGAUUACUACAUAAAUGGCAAGCAAGACGAGAUAUUCCAUUUAGACGUAAAUUUUUUGUUGGAUAUGAUCUUUAUGGAAAUACAUAUUGGGAAUUUACCAUUGAUGGGAAUAUGCAAAGAUUAAGACGUAAAUUGGAACCAUUUCAAAGAGAAAUAUUCGAAGUUGAUUAUUUUAGUACUAUCCCUCCUCAAUGGUUACAAUGGUUAAGAAGAACAAGAAAUGAAAUUCCAACUUUAGAUGAGUUAAUUCAUGAUCAAUUAAGACAACAAAGAUUAAAAAUUUUAGCUAAACAAGCUGAUGAAAAAUGGCAUCUUGAAAAAGUCAGAUUAGAAAAUGAACAAAAAUUGAAAUUACAAACUGAAUUGGAUAGAGUUAAACAAGAAAAUCAACAAUUUGAAAAUCAAAAGAAGAUUCUUGCUUCUAAAGAAGUAAACGAAGAUUCCCAGAAACUUGCUGAUGAAACAAAAGAAGAUCCAUGGAAAGUUGCCGAUGAAACAAAAGAUAAAAAUCCGAUUGAAUCAGCAAGUAUAAAACCAAGACUGUGA